UCUUUCCAGUAAGGUAUUAUUGAUAUGGGUCUUAAAAGAAUCCACAGUCAAUAGCUCUUAUUUUCACAUCUGACAUUUGUCUUUCAUGCAGGGGUCACAGGGAUCUUCAGGGCCAAAAGGAGAUAAGGGAGAGAAGGGCAUCGGACAGCUAGGUCCUCCUGGUCGGGUUGGGCCUCAAGGCUUAAAGGGAGAUCCAGGCCUUCCUGGUUCAGCUGGUCCUCCAGGGCUACAGGGGAAGUCAGGUGAUGCUGGACAGCCUGGCCUGAGAGGAGAAACUGGACAACUAGGACCUGCUGGACCACAAGGGGAGAGGGGUCUCCAGGGCUUUGCAGGCCGUGCAGGAAAUGUCGGACCCCCUGGUCCCGCUGGUCCUCCUGGACAGGCAGGCUCUCCUGGUACCAACGGGUUCAAAGGGGACAAGGGGGAGGUUGGUGUCGGAAUCCCUGGUCCCAGAGGAGAGAGAGGAGAAUCAGGGCUGAGAGGAGAGGAGGGCCGGGCUGGCUUGGAUGGGGAGAGAGGGCCAACGGGUUCACCAGGGAAUCGUGGUGCUUGGGGAGAGAAGGGGGACAUCGGGCUGCAAGGUGACAAAGGAGAGAAGGGGGACACUGUGCUGGUGGGAGGACCUGCUGGAGAACAUGGCAACAAAGGAGAAACAGGUGACAGGGGACCCAAAGGUGUGCUGGGGGAAAAAGGGGUGAAAGGUCAAGAGGGCCCUCUGGGGGAGCAGGGUCUGCGGGGAGAGCCGGGAGAAAGAGGAUCCAUUGGAUUCCCGGGUGCCCGUGGCCCUGGUGGACAAAAGGGAGAAGCCGGCCAACCUGGAGUACCUGGUGAAUCGGGUUUCCGAGGAAAAGACGGGAUGCCAGGGCAGACGGGGGAGAAGGGAGAGCUUGGUGUUGUAGGAAUGAGAGGAAUCAAGGGUGACCGAGGACCCAAGGGGGCUUGUGGAAGUGAUGGACCAAAAGGAGACAAGGGGGAUGGUGGUAUUCAUGGAAGAUCAGGCCUACCUGGAAGAAAAGGGGAACAGGGGGAACUUGGACCUUCUGGGGCCCCAGGGACCCCUGGAAAAGAGGGACUAGUCGGUGCCAAGGGUGACCGUGGAUUUGACGGCCUUGCAGGACCCAAAGGAACUCAGGGAGAGAAAGGUGAAAGGGGUCCGUCUGGCGUACCUGGUCCUCCUGGCCCCAGAGGAGUGGAUGGGGUCUCGGGCCUGAGUGGCACUCAGGGCCCAGCUGGUGCUAAAGGCCCAGAGGGGCUCCAGGGACAGAAGGGAGAGAGAGGUCCAAUCGGUCCCGCCGUGGUUGGUCCACGCGGUAUCCCAGGGAUCUCGGGGGAGCGAGGAGAAGCGGGAGAAUUCGGACCAGAUGGAGCCAAGGGAGACAGAGGAGAGCCAGGCAUGACGGAGUAUGAGGUCAGGGCGUACGUUCGCACAGAGAUGAGUCAGCACUGUGCGUGUGGAGGUUCAGGCCCAGUAAAUCGUUCCCAGCCCCCGGUCAGGUCUCGGCCUGCACCAGAGCAACAACUGGUCGUGAAGGGUGAGGAGGGCCGUGAGCUGCAUGUGGUGGUAAACACCAACGACCCAGACUACGAGCACAUCUACUCCGUCGAGGCCUACGACAACCCCUUGGAGGAGCUGCUCUACUUCACUCCCACUGCCAACCAGAACGAUGGUGAGGUUGUCAAGGAUGAAACUGACAAAACAGUCAAAGUUGAACCAAACAAAUCAGCCACAGCUGAUGUUAAGAAAACAGCAAGAGCUGAUGGUCAGAAAGAAGCCAAAGUUACAUCUCUGAAAGCAGUCAAGUCCAGAUCAGUCAGAAUCAAGAGGAGAGUCAAAGGGGAAGCUCCAGCUGACUUGUGCCUGCUGCCCAUGGAGGAGGGGAACUGUGGACGAUACACUCUGCGCUGGUACUUUAAUAGUCAGGUUGAGGCCUGCAGGCCCUUCAUCUACAGCGGCUGUGAAGGAAACGACAACCGCUUCCUCCACCUGGAGGAGUGUGAGGAGCUCUGCCUUGGGGAGGCGGAAGGUCCUCGUCCCUUGAAGACAUCACGAUGAUUGAGGACAAAUCUUCCUUAUCGUUAUUUUGUCAACUGUCAAUUUUCAAGAUUUGUUUUUGUUUAUUUAUUGUUUCUGUAAACCCAAUCAAAAUUCACCAGUGUCUCCUUGCUUUAUGUUCUCCUAACCAUGCAAAAGACAGACAAAAUAGUUUUGGUUAUGUUAGUACAGUACGUAAAAAACACUUAUUUUUGUGCAGUAGUACAUUUGCACACUUAAGAAGAGUGUCUUUGCUCUCAUCCGUACCUUCAGUACCUUUAUUUGUUUCGUGUUGCACACAAAUGAUAAGACUUCCGUCUGUAUACAGAAAGGAAGUGAAAAAACUAUCUGACUCACACUACAGUGUAAUGCGAUAGCCUUAAGUAAAUACCAAUAUGGUGAAGCUCAUGAUGUUUGUUUUUUUACUCUGUGGUUAUUUUCGAGGCUGUAGUUUGUAGUAUAGUUCAGUUAUUAUGUGUUUACCAGUGGCGGGCCAUGCAUUUUCUACCUGGGCCUUCACUGCUGUCCUGCAGCUAAAACACAGCUACGGUUAU